GAGAGAGAGAGAGAGAAGAGCAGAGUGCACAGCUCAGCUGAUAUGCAUCUGUGAUGUAGGUAGGCAUCCUGUCUGGUCCUCUCAGCUCUGCAGCUAGUGUAUAAAUAUGCACUUGCAGGCAUCCUCUCCUCACUGGCUGUGAAGAGCCUCGUUCAUUCAGGUCAUCAUCGUCUUUCCUGACUACCUGUGAAGAUUGAUCCUGGUCUCUCCACGGUGAUUGUGAAGGUUCUACUUCACCCAGGUCGUCGCAGGCUCAACUUGGAGUCUGAAGAUCCUCACAUGGUCCUGGUCAUCUCUUUCUGGUGAUCUGUGAAGACCCGCGUUCCUCUUACACUCUCCUUGCCUUAGUAUAUGAAGAAUAACAUUGUUCAUCAAAGUCUCCUCACUGGCUGUGAAGAUUGGUGUUCAUCAAAGUCAUCAUGGUCUCUCCUUGGUGACUGAAGGUUCUAAUUGGCCCAGGGGGAUCAUGGUCUGAAUCUGCAGGUCAGCUUAGCCUCACGUCAUCAUCGUGGUCAGAGAAGAUCCUCCUCUCCUCCUCUGUCUUGGUGUGUGAAGAUUCUCUCCUCCUCUCCUCCCGGUGUGGUCCUGCCGACGAGGCCCAAGAUGUUGGUUUGUCUCCUUAGUACAUCAGCACUGCUCAGCAGCAUGGUUGUGGGGGCAAUGCACGAGACAUCGGUGGUGCAAGUGAGCCAGGAGCCGCCCGUGGUCUCCCUGAUGCGUCUAAAUGCGUCCGCAGAGAUCAGCUGUUCCUACUCAGGCCUGCCAAAACCAGAAGGCCUCUCUCUGAGACAACGCUUUGGUGGGAAGGAAAUUAUGUUCAUGCAUAUAAAAAGCAACAAAGAGAUUGUGCAGCCACACUUCGACGGCCGGUUGACGAUCAGUGCUGAUCAUGGGGCUGGCGAUCGCCGCUGCCACUUCACCAUCCGCCUGGAACAGCUGCAGGUGACGGACACAGAUGGGUAUUACUGCCACUGGAAAGGCCUCGACGAACUGGGAAACGUGCAAGAAGAGAAGAGCAACUACACCCUCAUCAUAGUCCGCACUCGUGACCCUAGUGAGCCGUGUAGCAGCCCUAGUGACCCUAGUGACCCCCUGCCGCGCCUCUUCCUGGGGGUGAGUGGCCUGGUCUUCUGCCUGAUGCUCAUCACCUUCAUAGGGGCCGUCAUAUGGAGAUGCACACUGAGCACCGGCAGAUUUGAACCAGAAAGGAUGAGGCAGACCAAACCCCGUCAUCCUCCUCCUCCUCCUCCUCCUCAUCAUCAUCAUCAUCAUCCUCUUCCUGAGAACCGGCCUCUUCCUCUCCUGCCUCCACCACAGACCCAGCUUAAUCAUCACCACGACGACAGUCUUCAUCACAGUAGUCAUCAUCAAGCUGAUCAUCACAAUCACCAUCAUCAGAGCCAGAGUCAGAGCCAUCAUAGCACUCAUAACGGUCAUAGUCAUAAUGGUCAUCAAACUCAACACCCGCAAACUCAGCAUCCACAAACUUAUGACGAACCUCCUCAUCAUCAUGAUCCUCAGCAAAGCCAGCAUCCUCAUGCUCAUCCUCCUCCUCAUCGUGAAGACCAGUUUAAUCAUCAAAAUCAACGUCAGCAAAUUUAUGACCACCUUCCUCUUCAUCACCGCCAAAGUCUCCCUCUUCCUCAUCAUCCUCCUCAUCCUAAUCAUCAUCAUCAUCCUCAUCGUCAGACUGUAAAUCAUCAUCAUCAUCCUCAUCGUCAGACUGUGCAUCACCAUCCUCAUCAUCAUCCUCAUCAUCUUGAUAAGCAGCAGCUGCAUUCCACAAUUUCUUUCCCCUCGCCGCAUCAUCGAUCUUCUCAAGUCAAUCGCCAUUGACACACUGUGUUGGCCAGUCAUGCUAAAAGACAUACUGAGCCUUCUACUUGAUCAUACUGUACUGUUAACACCAGACCAUUGACCAUUCUCCGCACUGUGCACUGUGUACUGAGAUACAGAGCACUUUCUGCCCUCAUGUAACAGCAAAAUUUGAGUUUGAAG